GUUGGAGGAGCAAUGCCCUCAUUCUUGUGAGAAGCCUCCCAAGAAGGGGACUUCUAUCCUGAUUUGAUUGCGAAAGGUCAAAGUUUGGUUUUACCUUAUUAUAUAUUUUUUUAAGUAAACAAUGUGGGAGGCAAAUAUUGUGAUACUUUUAAUCGUGUGUUUUGGUGUAAUGGGUGAUGAAGCUAAUGUCACGAGUACAGAACCAACUACUGCUGGAAUAGAUGAAUCGAUUUAUGAAGAUGAGCUGCACAAAUGUAACUGCCGCUGUGGUGAACGUAAUGAAGCUUCUCGAAUCGUUGGCGGAGUAGAGUCAGCAGUCAAUGAGUUCCCUUGGGUAGUCAGAUUGACGUAUUUCAACAAGUUCUACUGUGGAGGGAUGCUCAUUAACGAUCGAUAUGUGAUGACUGCUGCCCAUUGUGUAAAAAGCCUCAUGUGGUUUAUGAUGAAGGUGACCCUUGGGGAGCAUAACCGUUGCAAUAAUACUCACCGGCCAAUAACACGUUAUGUGGUUAACAUCCGAGCUCAAAACUUUAGUUAUGUUGACUUCAGAGAUGAUAUUGCUCUCUUGAAGUUAAACGAGCGAGUAGAAAUAACAGAUACUGUUAAGCCAAUCUGCUUGCCGCAUAAUGAUGAUAACGAAUAUAUUGGUGUAAAGGCCAUAGCUGCUGGUUGGGGAUCGCUGGGAGAACAACAGAACCACUCUUGUAGUUUGCUAGAAGUUGAAUUGCCAGUUUUAAGCAAUGAGGAGUGUAGAAAUACGAAAUAUGAGAGCGCUAUGAUAAGUGAUAAGAUGCUUUGUGCAGGAUAUCCUAGUGAAGGAAAGCGAGAUACGUGCCAGGGUGAUAGCGGCGGUCCCUUGUCAGCCGAGAGAAAGGAUAAACAAUACGAGUUAUUAGGAAUCGUUUCGUGGGGCAUUGGAUGUGGAAGGAAGGGAUAUCCGGGUGUAUACACUAGAGUUACGAAGUAUCUGCAUUGGAUCAAACAUCACGCGCGUCGCGGUUGUUUCUGUAGAGAUUAAAACAGUAUUUUAUGGAGAUUUACUAAGCGUAGUUUUUAAAUGCAAUAUAUAUGAAGUUGGCUAGAAGUUAAUCUUUCUUUUGAGUUCAGGUUAAUCAAAAAAAUACAGAAAAUAGCUAAUAUAGCACAUAGCUAAAUCGCCUAUCAUUAUUUUGAGACAAAAGUUAUUCAAAACCUUUUAUAUCGCGCAUUUUUGGUUGUAAGCAAAUUUGCUAAAACUUUUCAUGAUACGAAAUUUGUUGUUCAAUAGCAAUUCAUGUAUACAUUGCAUAUGUUCGCUUCAAAUAAAUCAUCUCCAAUGUUGUAUGCUAUUAAUAUAUGUUUUCUCACCCGUAUUCCUAAUCAUGUUAAAAUCCAUUUAUCCGAAAUAUUCUUACGUGAUCAAUAUUGUCAUUAUCAUGUAAUUAAAGAGCCCGCAUAUUAUUUAAAAUUG